CUAGUUUUGUGUGAUGUUUUACAUUAACAAUCAAAACAUCACAUAAUUGGCCCAUGUGGUUUAGAGUUUUUGAUAAAUUAAUCCAAUGUGUUCGAAGAAAAUAUUCAAAUUAAAAUCAACACUCAUGUCAAAUAUACCAUUGAUCAAUGUGGCCAAAUCAUUACUCAUGUGUGAUAAAGUGAUUGCAUUACCAACAGAUACAAUUUAUGGAUUGGCUACACAUGUUGACAGUACGAAAGGAAUCAAUCGUUUAUAUGAAAUCAAAUCACGAGAUUAUAAUAAACCAUUAGCCAUUUGUAUGGCCGAUGUCGACGAUAUAGCCGAAUAUGGCAAGAUAACCAUUCCGAAAAGUUUACUAUAUCAAUUAUUACCUGGUGCUAUCACUGUAAUUUUUGAACGAACAUUAAAAUUAAAUCCAUCAUUAAAUCCAGAAACGAAUCUAGUCGGCAUUCGAAUACCCAAUAAUGAAUUUGUUCGUCAAUUAUGUCGACAAUCUGGUCCAAUUGCAUUAACAAGCGCUAAUGUGAGCUCAGAACCUAGUUGUUUAAAAGUCGAAGAAUUCGAACAUUUAUGGCCAUUGAUCGAUGGUAUAUUUGAUGGUGGGCAACUUGGACAUCAGGAUCCACAAGGAUUAGGUUCGACGGUCGUCGAUUUUUCCACUGAAGGACAUUAUCGCAUUCUACGUGAUGGUUGUGCAUUUAAAUCCACUGAGCAAUUGAUUGAUAGUUAUCACCUUAAACGAUUAUUAUGACCAUAAGGUAUAUAUCAUGAGUCGGCAACCAUUUGGUAGUUGAGUGUCAACAAAAAAUUUUUUCCAUGGCAUCACAUUGACACGUUGCAUACCACUGGCCCUAUGUGGUUUACAAUGUACGAUGUUUUUAGAUGAGAUUUAUGCAACUAUCUAUUUAUACAUUCUUUCCAUUCUGCAAUAUUUUGGCCAGUACAAAAUUAACGAUGGUAAUUCGUUUGCUAUUUCAUCGGAUGGUUGGACUUUUUUUUAAUCUUAUCUUAAUUGUUUAUUUUCAAUGAAUUUAUAAUAAAGAACUGAUGAUCAAUGAA